ACGGAUCUGACACGGCGCAGUGGCUAGCGCGUUCCCGCCAAUACUGUCCAGCCGGUGUGGACACUCUAAAAAUUUUCUAUAAAAGAAAAAAAUGAGUGCCCUACUCUUAAUCGCCGUCGCUAUUCUCAUUUUAUACAAAGUUUAUUCCCGUAGAACGAUAAGUAUUAAACGGGAGAACAAAUAUGGGGAGGCAAAGGAGGUGGUUUUGAGCGAAGCACCGGGACCGGUAGCUCUCCCGGUCGUGGGUAGUUUACAUCUAUUGGGGAAACACGAAUCUCCUUUCCAAGCGUUUACGGAGCUAGCCAAAGAAUAUGGGGACAUCUUUAGUAUACAAUUGGGCGGGUCCAAGUGUGUAGUAGUCAAUAACUUGGAGCUGAUCAGAGAAGUCCUCAACCAGAAUGGGAAGUUCUUCGGAGGACGGCCCGACUUCGAACGGUUCCAUCGGCUGUUUGCUGGCGAUAGGAAUAACUCUCUCGCGCUCUGCGACUGGUCGAACCUACAGCUGCGCAGACGCAACCUCGCCCGCCGGCACUGCGGGCCCAAGCAGCACACCGACAACUUCGCCCGGAUCGGCAGCGUCGCCACCUUCGAGUCCAUCGAGCUCGUGCAGACCCUCAAACACGUCGCCAGGACCACCGAGUCUGCCAUCAACCUCAAGCCCCUCCUCAUGUCCACGGCCAUGAACAUGUUCAGCCAUUACAUGUGCAACGUCCGCUUUGAUGAAGACGACGUCGAGUUCCGUAAAAUCGUUGACCAUUUCGAUGAAAUCUUCUGGGAGAUCAAUCAGGGAUACGCUGUCGACUUCUUGCCUUGGCUCUCGCCAUUUUACAAGAAGCAUAUGGAUAAGCUCUCCAAUUGGUCCAAGGAAAUCCGCAGCUUUAUCCUUUCCAGAAUCGUUGAGCAGAGGGAAAUGAACUUGGAGACAGAUGGGCCUGAAAAAGAUUUCCUCGAUGGUCUUCUCAGGGUCUUACGUGAUGAUCCGACUGUUGAUAGGGAUACCAUUAUUUUCAUGCUUGAAGACUUCCUUGGAGGUCAUUCGUCUGUUGGAAACCUGGUUAUGCUUUGCUUAGCUGCUGUGGCUCGCGAUCCUGAAGUAGGAAAGAAGAUUCGCUCAGAAAUCGAAGGUCUAACUAAAGGGAAACGCGCUAUCAGCCUCGUUGAUAGAAGCAACCUACCGUACACUGAAGCGACCAUCUUGGAAGUUUUGAGAUACGCUUCUUCUCCAAUUGUUCCUCACGUAGCUACUGAGAACGCCGAAGUAGCCGGGUUCGGAGUUGAGAAAGGAACCACGAUUUUCAUCAACAACUACGAGUUGAACACAUCGGAGAAAUACUGGAACGAGCCAGAGAAAUUCGAUCCCUCUCGAUUCUUAGAGCGCAGUAAAGUGCGCGUCAGGAGGAACUCCCAAUGUGAUUCAGGCAUGGAAUCUGACAGCGAACGAACAAGGCCUUUAGAUAAAGCGACAGAGAUAGAAAAAGAAGUAGUAUCAGUUAAGAAGAACAUCCCCCACUUCUUGCCGUUCAGCAUCGGCAAGCGGACAUGCAUCGGGCAGACAUUAGUGACCACAAUGAGUUUCGUGAUGUUUGCCAACAUCAUGCAAGAGUUCGACAUCGGAGCUGAACAUUUAGAAGACUUAAGGCAGAAACCGGCGUGCGUAGCUCUUCCUAAAGACACAUUUAACCUGUACGUAGUACCCAGAAAGCACUGAAUAAUUUAUUAUUGUAGAUAAUCAAUCUCCUCAGCCAAUAUUAAGGUUUUUAGAAAUUAGAUUACAAUAGCUUAGAGUAGGUCAGUACUAAACUACUUUAGUUUUGUUUAGCAUCUAUGACAAAAUUUAGUUUAGUAGAAUUUUUGACUCAAUAUUUUAAACGUCUGUUUUUGCAGCGCUGUUUGUAUAGGUACCUAUUCAUUUUAUUUCGUUUUUUCCUGCUUAUAAAUUACUAACUUCGAACACCAACAAUUUGAUUUCGUAUAAAUUUACUUAUAUUAUCAUUUAAAAAAAAAAGUAAAACAGUGUAACCUAUAAUAAACGUCAAAUAUUCACAGAAUUUUAACAUUUGUCAUUUUAAAUUGCAUAUUUAUGGAGUUGCUUGGUUCAAAUAUAAUUUAUUUUAUUUUAAAGACUAAUUAAUUUUAGGAAAGCGGUCAGACUAAAAAUUUGUAGAACGAGUGAAUGUCGCUAAAAAUAGUGUAGUUUUUAAACUAAUGACCAAAAUAUGGCUGAGGAGAAACGCUCAAAACAUUAUUUAUUCUUGACAUAAUCUUUUUAGGUUACAUUUGGUUUUUCUGUCAACUGUAUGUACUCGUCCCAAAGUUAGAAAAUGUGUAAAGUAUAUGAAUGCGUGCGCUAGAAUUUUAUGUAGUUAACUUUUGCUAUGGUCUAGAUCUAGUAAUUCUAGUAGCACUAGGUCUAAACCAGGCAUGUUAGUUUUUGAAACAAUUACCCGACGACUUUCUUCUGUUUUGUGGAUUUGAUACUGUUUGAUACUUUAGAGUUUUUUUUGUAGUAGUAGCGCGGCAACAUUAUUUUAAUUGAAAUUUAGAUGCAUUUAUAUUUUAGAAGUAGUUUUUAGGUAGUUUACCUAUGUCAGUCAUUGAGCGUUCUGUGAAUCUCUUUUGUAGUGAUUUUAGAACUGUUAGCGUAGUUUAGUACACAAAAAAUGGAACCUUGAGCCACUGUAGACCCACGAGUCACUGUUCAACAGUUAGAAUAGAUUCAAAAUUUAAUUUAAAAUAGAUUUUAGAACGUUAGAUAACAUAGUGCUUCAGGGUUCCAAUUGGUUGAUCGUAUACUGGAGUAUUUCACCAAAAUAAUGACUUUUCUUAUAUUGCAAUUUAAGAAAUUAAAGUUGUACAGUACCCAGUUUUAAAAGAAAUCCCUCAAAUGCCACCAGGCCGGUUUCAACAUACUUAGUGACACUUUGACGCUCAUUGCCUGAUCAACAAGGAAAUAUUGAUAUUAAGUAACAUUGUUAUUUAUCGACCUAGAAAUAGGCACAGAAUUAUCAGUGUCAAGUGUCACUGUGGGGAAAUAGGCCAAUAUAUUUAGCUUCCUUGGUAGAAUUUUGAUACGAAAUAUUUAACUAUACAAUUUUUGUAAGGAAUAUGUUGGUGAGAUGCUACAGUAACGUAUAGGAAUAGAUUUUGAGCAUACUGUAGUGUUUUUAUACUCUUUGUUUGUAGUUUUAUGUAGCACCCAAAUAUUUUUUUUCUUCAUUUAGUUUAGUCAACUAUUGUCUGUAGAUGUAGUUUUUAGUCUGAUGUUCUAAAAGUAGGCAAAAUGAUUUUUUUAGAAAAAGAUUGAUUAAUGUAGUCCUUUUAAUAGAAAAGUGGGUCAAAAAUAUUUUCCUUGUCUUAGUCCUGACCACUCUGUCACACGUAUAUUUUUUCUUAAAUCUAAAAAAGUAAAAAAAAAAAACUCGAUUGAUAAUUGCUAUAUUUGCAGCUAUAAUAUGCAUGUAUUUCUAGCUGUGGAUUAUAAUGCAAAUAAGAAUAAUUAGAAAUUAAAUUAUUACUAGUUUGGGGACAAAACAACGAAAAUAAGUUUGAUCUAACAAAAUAGUUUGACAUUAUAUGAGUAGAUUGGUAGACACAAUUUGCUAUUUAAUAAUAAAGAAUAAUCAUUUUUUUUAACUAUAGUCUGACAAAACAUUAGUAUCAGUUGUUACCUACUUUUAGUCCUUCGUAGUACGGUCCAAAUUCUCUUCAAUAUGAAAGAUUAUUGUAUAAUAGGAAAUUGUGAUUUUGUAGAGUAUGGUAGAAUUUGAAAUUAUAGUACUUGC